CUCCUCCUCCAUCCUUCUAACGCAGACACUCAGGACGGCAGCAGCGGUGGUGAGUUCGUCGUCCCUCUCAUGGCGCCUUCGCGAGUCCUAGCUACGGUGUUGCCUUGCUCUUCUCCCGCUUCUUCUUAUUCUCCUUCUUCGCCGUUGCAUCUUCGUCUUCCCAAGCCGCCUAUUCCCGCUUCGCUUUCCGGUGUUGCUGCUGUUUCAGCUUCCGCUACGUCACCAAACGGCACCGUUUUGAAGAGGAAGAGGCCUGCUAGGCUUGAUAUACCUGUUAGCUCAUUGGCCUUUGGGAUUCCGCCCACACCCUCUGCUGCGGCGCCGCGUGAUGUUGUGGAGGAGGAGCGUGAUGCCUUCUCAGUUUAUUGCAAGAGAGGGAGGAGGGAGUACAUGGAAGAUCGCUACUCUACUGCUGGUAACCUACGCGGACAAUAAAAACUGGUAACAAAAUUUUACUUUUUCUUUU